UCAACUGCAACUUUCCUCUCUCUCUCUCUCUCUCUCUCUCUCACACACACACACACACCUUUUACACAAACCCUUUUGCGCUUUCCUUUUCCCCUCUUUCUCUCUCAUUUUUUUUUAAUUAUUUAUUAUUUUAAUUAUUCAAAAUUUCAUGUCUUCCGUUGUCGUUUCGCUCUCUUUGUUCUGCGACAUCGUUCCGACCACACGGCGUCGUUUCGUCCUCGGCGGCUCAGUCUUCUGCUCUUCCAUGAGGUCUUCGAUGCUCCCAUUCUCAAUAUGACUGAUCAUCAGGUGUUGAUUUUUGGGUCAUUUACUGAAGACGAGGUCAGAUCCAUGCAAUGUCAGCCACAAAAGAAUGAUGUAGAAUUUACAUUUGGUUCUUUUGAUAUCGAAACUUUAAGAUCUGUGGGCAUCUUCAAUUCUAAAGUGACACAGAUUUUUCCACUUAAAGGUUCUGAGCUGUCAAAUCCAGCUGGCACCCCGAAUGUGUUUUUUAAUCCUCCUAGCAGUGCAGAAAGCACAUCAGACUUGAAAGUUGCUUUUGCAGAGGAAAAUGGGUAUAUCAGUAGUGCAUGUUGUGGUGAUAGUGGUGCAAAAGAACCGAAGCAAGGCCACAUAGAACCACCUGCACCUGCAAGUUCUGAUAGUGCAUGUAAUUCAUCAAUAACGUCGAUCAAGGAGCAGCCUGGUAUACAUAGCUUGAGGGAGGCAUCUUCUGUGAAUGGUGUUAUUUUGGAAAAUUCUGCUAAUGGUAUUCAUCAUGUGGAGUCCAAAGAGAGUAUCUUCAGGGAAUCAAAUGGUUCAAAAAUUAUUCCUAGGAAUUUUUUGCCUCGAGGUUUAGUCAACUUGGGGAAUCUAUGCUUUCUAAAUGCAACUCUCCAGGCACUACUAUCUUGUUCUCCCUUUCUUGAGCUCUUGCACGAGCUAAGAAACCGUGACAUACCUGAGAUUGGUUUUCCCACCUUGCGUGCAUUUGUUGAAUUCAUCUCCAACUUCGACGUACCCUCUGAAUCAAUUUGCAAAAAGAAUGAGAAGACUGUUCUUGAAACUGGAAGGCCAUUUCGGCCUAUCAUGUUUGACUCCAUAUUGAAGAUAUUUACUCCCGAGAUUCCUGAUAACUUAUCUGGCAGGCCUAGACAAGAAGAUGCUCAGGAGUUCCUAAGUUUUGUCAUGCAUCAGAUGCAUGAUGAGUUGCUUAAACUUGAUGGAAAAGUUUCAAAUGGAAAUGGAACAACUACAUCAUUGGUCUCUUCAACCGAUGACGAAAGUGAUUGCGACAACUGGGAGACUGUUGGCCCAAGAAACAAAACAGCAAUUACAAGAACACAGAGUUUUGUACCAUCAAAGUUGAGUGCCAUUUUUGGAGGUCAAUUAAGAAGUGUGGUGAAGGCAAGAGGUAACAAGGCCUCAGCUACCGUACAGCCAUUUCUCUUGCUCCAUCUUAAUAUUUGUCCUGAGCUUGUCUGUAAUAUAGAAGAUGCACUUCGGUUAUUUUCUGCACCCGAAACACUUGAAGGGUACAGAACAUCAGCUGCUGGAAAGGGUGAGGUGGUCACUGCCAGCAAGUCUGUUAAGAUUAUGGAGCUUUCUGAGAUCAUGGUUUUGCACUUGAUGCGUUUUAGCUACGGAAGCCAAGGAAGCACCAAAUUACACAAAACCGUGCACUUUCCUUUGGAGCUGGUUGUUGGUCAUGAAUUGCUCGCCUUUCCAUCCUCUGAGGCUAGAAAAUACGAACUUGUAGCUACAAUCACUCAUCAUGGAAGGGACCCUUCGAAGGGGCACUACACAGCCGACGCACGGCAUCCAAGUGGCAAGUGGCUGCGUUAUGACGAUGCAUCCGUCACACAGAUUCCCGAAAGCAAGGUACUGCACGACCAAGCGUAUGUUCUCUUCUACAAACAAUUGUAGCUAUUAUUAUUAUGUAUUCGCGAAUUCCGUUGUGCAAUUUUUGUACAUUUAUUCCCUAGUAGAUUCUACCUUAGUAUAGAAUCCGGCGACAUAUUGAAUUCGAAAGGGAAAAUUCUUCACCUAUUUAUCUCAAAUGUUGACCGCUGCAAAUUUUUUGAGACGAUUGAGAAACAUGUACUCGAUGAUGGUAAAUUUGACGCCACGAGUUAAAAGUUAUACCGAAAAUGCAAUGCCAUUGUUCACCUCUGUAGGAAAA